AAUAUACGCGCCUUUGACAAAAUACCGAAAACAUGCGAUGCAUCUUAUCCUCCAAGGAGCAUUUUGUGUUCCUUGGAUUUCGUGUUCGUCGUUUCAGUGGCGACAAUAUUAGAGGCAAGAGUUUUGCGCCGACACCGAUCUUUUACCCAUGUCUGGCAAAAUACGGAAGCAGGAGUUUUUAAAUUUUCCGAAAUUCUGCAUGAUUCUCGCAGGAAUUUGGCGAAUGGCCCUUCCAACUCGCAACACCGCACUAAAAAAAUGUUACCUAUUUUACUCCGGAUUUGUACAAGUUUUCUUCCUAUCGAUGCUAUGUUCCAUGUGUGUCCAGUUCGUGCUGGUUACGGUUGAUCAAAACGGCACCAAAGAUUCGGAAAAAUGGUUCAAGCAGUUGUCGGAUAUAAUUAUCCUGGCGGUAGCAGAAUUUUCUGCGGUUCUCUGCCAAGGGAACAAACUGAUGGAGAUCAUCUCGUAUAUUCUCGAAGAAGAACGUCAGAUACUGCAGACGGGCGAUCGAGAAACUUUAAAUUUUUACGAGAAGCAGGCGAAGUUCUGCAGGAGAUCAAACCUGGUCCUGUUUGUCCUGACGACAGGAACUGGUUCGUGCAUGAUUUUAGAAAACGUUCAGCGUAGAUUCGAGAUUGAGAAAUUCAACAAGGAUCACAACGAAACAGUUGAAGUACAGUUUCCUUUCGAGUUGUACUAUUACAAACUCGAUAAAGCAAAGCAUGGGCUAUCCGUACAACUCGUUAACGAUAUUUCCGUCGUCAUUAACAUUUUUAUUAUUAUCGCGACCAAAUUAAUUUUCCUGUCGAGCAUAAUGUUCGUCCCUUCGGUUUUGACAAAGCUGCAGAUUAAAUUUAAGAAAAUGUCCACAUGUGACGAGGAUAUGGCGAGAGUAUUGGUUUAUGAACAUCAAAAGGUGAUAAGGUUCGUUGCAAAUUUGAACGAGUCUAUUAAAUAUAUGGUGAUGCUUGAAUACCUUAUGAAUUCCCUGAAUGUGGCCGCCGUCUCCAUUCAGUUAAUAAGGAUGCAAGGCGAAAUGGUGGCUUCUCCGAUGUGUUAUUUAGGUUUCCUAUUCAUUCAGACAUUUGUAUUUGGAUGGAGCGCCAACGAAAUACAGAUGAAGAGCCUAGCUUUAGCAAAUGCUAUAUACACUAGUUCCUGGUAUGAACAAAAGGAAAAAAUUAAAAGAAUAUUGCUCCUGAUGAUUGUUAGGGGACAAAAACCGUUGAUGUUAACUAUUGGUCCGUUUGAUGCGAUGACGACACAAUCUGCACUAAAGGUCAUGAAGGCAUCUUAUUCAUAUAUUAGCUUGAUGAUUAAUAAUUAG